AUGGACGAAAGCGCGAUGAGUAGUAUCUGCAAACCCUACUUCCCCCAGCCGGAGCUCGCCGGAAAAAUUCUUCGACGAGCAGCCAAGGCUUUCCUCUACGCUCUCCUCAUCUUAUCAACCGCCGUUUUUCUUUACUUCUUCCGCUCGACCAAAACUAUUCCAGCAAUAACGCUCAUCGCCUCCGGCGAUCUUCCCUCUCCAACAAACCUUUCCCACAUCAUCUUCGCGAUCGGCGGGUCAACGAAGACCUGGCAACGGCGGCGGGAGUACUGCGAACUCUGGUGGAAGCCAGGGAAGAUGCGGGGCCACGUGUGGCUGGACGUGGCGCCUACGGAGUGGCCGGACACGUGCCCGCCGUGGCGGGUGUCGAAACCGGCCGCGAAACAGGCGGCGCGGAUUGCGAGAAUAGCGGCGGAGGAGUACGGAAUGGGGGUGGAGGGGGUACGGUGGUUUGUGAUGGGAGACGAUGAUACAAUAUUCUUUCCGGAGAAUAUGGCGGCGGUGCUCGGGAAGUAUGAUCAUGAGGAGAUGUAUUACGUGGGGGCGGCGUCGGAGAGUGUGGAGCAGGACGAGAAGCAUUCUUAUGGCAUGGCGUAUGGGGGCGGCGGGUUCGCCGUCAGUUACCCGGCCGCGGCGGCGCUCGCCGGAGGGAUUGAUGGGUGUCUUAGGAGGUAUGACCGUCUGUACGGUAGUGAUCAGCGCGUGCAUGCUUGUUUUAGUGAGAUUGGGGUUCCGCUUACAAGAGAACCGGGGUUUCAUCAGGUGGAUCUCAGGGGAGACAUCUACGGCCUGCUCGCCGCGCACCCAAUCGCGCCGCUUCUCUCCCUCCACCACCUCGACUACGUUCCACCCAUCUCCCCUCUCUUCCAUUCCCAACUCCAAGCCCUCCGCUCCCUCAUCAACGCCACGCGCGCCGACCAACCCCGCGCGCUUCAGCAAUCCUUCUGCUACCUUCAUGAGCGCCGACUCAACUGGUCGAUCUCCGUCUCGUGGGGAUACACCGCCCAGAUCUAUCCAUGGCUCUUAUCUCCCAAGGAAUUAGAGGUUCCGAUACGAACUUUUAGGACCUGGAAGACGUCGGAUAUAAGGCAUUUUACCUUCAAUACGAGGGAGUUGGCGGUGCCGAGCCGGCCGUGUGAGAGGCCGUUGCGGUAUUUUUUGGAGGCGGUGGAGGAGCGCAGGGAGGGGACGGUGACGGAAUACCGGCGGCAUGGGUGGGGGGAUGAAGGAAAGGAGAGGUGUGGGAAGUUAGGGUUUGAGGCAAUGGGCGCGGUGAAGAAGGUGAGGGUUACGGCGAGCAGGAUGGAUCCUAUGCUAUGGAGAAAGGCACCGAGGAGACAAUGCUGUGGAGCAAAGAAAAAUGAUAAAAAUAUUAUCGAUGUUCAUGUUAGAGAUUGCCGUCCAGGCGAAAUUACUUCUCCCAUAUAGAUAUGCUUCUCUUGUACGAAAUAUUUAAAUGAAAAAAAAAAAGUGAAUAUUAUGUAAAUAUAUUUUCUAAAGUUUAGUUAUGCACAACAAAAUUUAGCUCAUACUUUUUGUUUUUA